AAACGCACUGUGAUGAUGAUUCUCUCUCUUCCCCUCUCUCUCUGAAACUCAUGCAGACGCAUCUGUAGCAGCAGCAGCUCGCCGCGGCCAUUGAAUCCCCCCCUGCGCUCGCGCGAGCAUGGCCUCCAUCACCUCCGUCCAGUUGAAUUACCUCGUCUUCCGCUACCUUCAAGAAUCGGGUUUUACACAUUCCGCAUUUGCCUUGGGAUAUGAGGCAGGCAUUAACAAAUGCACAAUUGAUGGGAAUAUGGUUCCCCCUAGUGCUCUUAUUAUGUUGGUGCAGAAAGGACUUCAGUAUCUGGAGAUGGAAGCAAACUUGAAUAGCAGUGACACAGAUGUGGAUGAGGACUUCUCCUUCUUGGAACCAUUGGAUCUUAUUACAAAGGAUGUCUAUGAACUCAGGAAAAUUAUAAGAGAGAAAAAGAAAAAUUUGCAAAAAGAUAGAGAUAAAGAUAGAGAAUUAGAUAAGGACCAUGAAGCUGAGCGUGGGCGGGCAAGGGAGAAAGAUAGACAUGAAAAGGAGAAGGAACUUGAAAAGGAUAGGGAACGGAAAGAGAAAGAGAAAGAGAAAGAGAAAGAGAAAGAGAAAGAGAAAGAGAAAGAGAAAGAGAAAGAGAAGGAGAAAGAAAAAGAGAAAGAGAAGGAGAAAGAAAAAGAGAAAGAGAAGGAGAAAGAGAAGGAGAAAGAGAAGGAGAAAGAGAAAGAGAAAGAGAAAGAGAAAGAGAAAGAGAAGGAGAAGGAGAAGGAGAAGGAGCAACCAAAACAUCGGGAAGAUCACUCUGAAAAGGAAAUAAUUGUGAAUCAAGAGGUGGACAGGAACCAUACAAAGCAUGAAGAAAAUGGACCUUCUGGACCUGAACCAAUGGAAAUUUCUACUGCGUCAACUUCUCAGCCAUGUGAGAUUCCUAGUACAGAUGUGACAAUAUUAGAAGGACAUACUUCUGAGGUUUGCGCCUGUGCAUGGAGUCCUGCAGGUUCACUUCUUGCUUCAGGAUCUGGAGAUUCUACUGCUCGCAUAUGGACCAUACCUGAUGGGACCGCUAAAUCUAGUCUACAAAAUGGUCUCCCAGACGUUCUGAUAUUGAAGCAUGUAAAGGGUAGGACAAAUGAAAAGAGCAAAGACGUCACUACUCUUGAUUGGAAUGGGGACGGAACACUUCUUGCAACAGGUUCAUAUGAUGGGCAAGCAAGAAUUUGGACCACAAAUGGUGAACUGAAGACCACUUUGAGUAGACAUAAAGGGCCCAUAUUCUCUCUAAAAUGGAACAAGAAAGGAGACUAUCUGCUCACAGGAAGCUGUGACAAAACUGCUAUUGUGUGGGAUGUAAAGGCAGAGGAAGGGAAACAGCAAUUUGAAUUUCACUCAGGUCCAACACUUGAUGUUGACUGGCGCAACAAUGUUUCAUUUGCAACAAGCUCCACAGACAACAUGAUAUUUGUCUGCAAGAUUGGAGAAAAUCGCCCAAUCAAAACUUUUGCGGGGCAUCUGGGUGAGGUGAAUUGUGUCAAAUGGGAUCCAACUGGCACAUUGUUAGCCUCUUGCUCUGAUGACAUUACUGCAAAGAUAUGGAGCAUGAAGCAGGACAAGUAUGUUCAUGACUUAAGGGAGCAUUUAAAGGAAAUAUAUACCCUCAGGUGGAGCCCCACUGGAUCUGGCACAAACAAUCCUAACCAGCAGUUAGUGCUCGCAAGUGCAUCAUUCGAUUCGACAGUGAAAUUGUGGGAUGUUGAACUGGGGAAACUUAUUUACAGCUUGAAUGGUCACAGGGAACCUGUAUAUUCUGUAGCAUUUAGCCCCAAUGGAGAAUAUUUGGCCAGUGGAUCUCUUGAUAAAUCCGUUCACAUCUGGUCACUGAAGGAGGGUAAGAUCGUGAAGACAUACACUGGUAAUGGAGGAAUCUUUGAAGUCUGUUGGAAUAAGGAAGGUGACAAAAUCGCCGCAUGUUUUGCAAACAAUACAGUUUGUGUCUUGGAUUUUAGAAUGUGAAGUCUAGAGGGCUUUUCAAGUGUUAGAACUCAGGCAAUCACCAAGAAGACAUGGGCUUUGCCUACUUUGGUUGCCGUGGCUGUGCUCUGCAGGUGUGUAGGUCAUGCAUGUUUAACCCUAGGCAGUAGGCUUUCUCUCACUGAUUCUGACCUCUCUUAUCGUAUCUUCUCUUGGCAAUUUGUCAGUUUUCACUUUCCAGCCAGAUUGUUUGUAGGAACCAUGUACAUAUGUAAUUUGCUAAUUGUAGCCUUCACAUGGACAAAUUUGAAUUGCAAAUGCUUUUUAGAUGUGUAUGUUCCCAGAGUGCAGCUCCAUCACGGUUCUGA